AUGAGUAAAACUGAAUUAGAAUCAUAUGUUGAAUCAUUAAAUUUAAACAGAACAAAUAUGAAAUUUACAUAUAUAAAAUGGUUUCGUAAACCAACAGCUAGUGAUAGAUUUUUAAAUUUUCAUUCAAGUCAUCAUCAUUCGAUUAAACUAAAUAUUAUUAAAAAUAUGACAGAAAGAAUAAUUAAUACAACGAGAAAUAAAGAACAACAAGAAAUAGAUUUAAAUGUAUUAAGAAAAAUGUUUAUAAAAUCAGAUUAUUCUAAAGAAUUAAUAGAAAAAACUAUACAAAAAUGUUUACAAACUAAUAUUAAUCAACAAAAUCUAAAUGAAUUAAAUAAUAAUAAACCUAAACCUGAAACUAAAUUAACAUUAUCAUUACCAUAUGUAAAAGGAAUAGAAGUUCUAAAACGUAAACUAGAACAAAUUGGUGUUAAAUUAUAUUUUUCAUAUCCAUUAAAAUUAAAAUCUUUAGCCACAUUAAAUAUAAAACCUCAAUCUAAAUCAAUUAUAUAUCAAAUGAACUGUAAAUGUGGUGCUAUAUAUAAUGGAGAAACAAAAGUUGGUUUAAAAGAUAGAAUGAAACAACAUAAAACUAAAAUUAAAGAAAAUGAUAUAAAUUCAUCAUCAGAAAUAGUUAAACAUCAUUAUAUAAAAAAUGGACAAUGUUCCUUUGACCCGAAUAAAGCAUUUAUUAUCGAUAAUGAAACAAAUUAUUGGAAAACAAGGAAAAAAAGAAGCGAUUUACUCGAUAAUAAAUGA